AUGAGAGCCCGUGUCUACUGUGAAGACUUUCUGUUCCCAAAGGUGCACAGGACCGCGGCAGACCUAUGGUUGGUUUACUCCAAGCCUGUCCCAGCAAACGGCAGGGAGCUGUGGACCUUGUUUCUGCAGUGUUCCUGCGCUACGGCAGUGAUAGGAGGCCUCUUUUACAACUGGAUGUUUGCUUCGCUGGAGUACUCCUGGCAUCUCUCCGUUGCAAUGGCCGUCUCCUUCAGUCUGCUCCUUCUCCUGGCCCUUUUCGUGGUGCAUCCUGCCCGUUGUGUCUUCAGUAUGAUCAUGCCUACGUUAGGUACCAAGCAAGGCCGGAAGCUUCUCUUGUCAACCUGCGUCAUGAUAGUAGUGGUUAACGUAAUGCCCAACAUCCUAAGCAACAUUAAAACCAUACUGCAGGUUAUUAAGUGCAUCUGCAAGAAUUCCGCUGAGAGUCUUUUGAACUCAACUGCUCUGCUAGAGACGGCUUCCUGGGAGUUUGGGGAUGCAAUCCAAGAAACCGUUCAUUCCGUUAAUAUUUAUAGGCCUAUGAAUGGACAUUUUCAGUUUUCAUUGCUUAAGAACAGCUCCUUGAUUUACCAACAAAUGCAGCUUGCUGGUGAGAAAAUUGGGAAGGACUUUCUGGCUGUUGAGGUGCUGGUCAAAGACUCUGUACGAGUAGGCAACAAAUUGGUUGCUGGCUUCUCCAUGCUCUAUCUCUGUUUUGAGUCCACCUGGUAUUUGAAAAAUUAUCUCACCAACCUCCGCUUUGACAAUUUUUAUAUCACCAAGAAGCUGGAGCGUUUAGCUGUGGACAGAAAAGCAGCUCAUCUGCUGGUGGGCUCAUCCAAAAACCUCCUUCGACCGACAGGCUUGAAGCUGUCCCGGGAAGAAGUGAUGCUGUGCCUCGUGCAAGCCAUGCUCCUCACCGUGGCCCUGAUGCUGAUGCUGGUGGUCGUGGCAAUGGACCACUUUGCCUUCAGCGUGGCAGACACGGCGGUGAGAAAGGCAGCUCAGUUCUCCGUGGUGCCCGUCGCUCUCAGCAUCAAAUACAGCGUAAGCGCUGGGCUUCGUCACGAAGAAUUACCAUUUCAGGACUUUGACAGAAGCUACCACCAUUAUCUGACCUUCAACUCUGCCCGCUGCGGGAUCAGCCCCCCGACGCCUCCCAACCCCUCUGUGCUGCUCGUCGUGGGGCUGCUCUUCUGCAUCCUCUACGCCACCGUAUUCCUGGAAACUUAUGCACAUCGCCUCUGCAGAAAAAUCGCAGGGUCCUUCUUCGAGAGCUGGGAGGAGGAGCGAGCGCUUUACCUCUACAAGAAGCUGUCCAGAAAGCAGAAGGAGGAGCAAAACUGA